AUGGCCCAACCAAACCCUUACCUUCUGGCCUGCGACAACCCCGCCGCCCUUCUGGAUCUGCUGCGGGCCAAUCCCUCCGUCGCAUCCUCCCAAGAUGAGUCUGGUUAUUCGCUACUACAUGCUGCGGCAUCCUACGGACACGAAGAUCUCCUCCGCGCACUCGUAAAAGAAUUCAACGUCAACGUCAACCUGCUCGACGAAGAUGGCGAGACCUGUCUCUUCGUCACCGAGCAACCCAAUAUCGCGCGAUGCUUGAUUGAAGAGCUGGGUGUGGACUACAAUAAGAAAAACGCAGAGGAUAUGACUGCGGUUGAAAAGAUGGAGGCCGAUGAUGAGAACCCCCAGGUUGUUGCCUACCUCCGGGAAGUGGUCGGCGGUGCGCCUAGCUCGACCGCAGCCUCUGCGGGCGAUGUUUUCAACCCCCCAGGACCUAUCCCCAACAGCGACAUGAAGGUCAACAUGAGCACAAUGACCGAGGAGGAGGCCACGGCCGGCGAGAGCGAACCGGAUCCCGAGUUCAAGAGGCGCAUUGAGGAGCUUGCAACUCGCGAGGAUUAUUACAGCGAGGAGGUGCAAAAUGAAGUUCGCGAGCUGGUCAAGGAUGCGAUGGCUGGAACUAAUAUUCAGGCCAUGGAGCGGGAGAUCCGGAGACGGACAGAUUAA